UGCCCGUGGUGUACAUUUUGUUAACAUUCCGUAAUUCUAUUUAAUUGAUUAAUAAAAAUGUAGCUGUCCCUUAAUAAGUUGGUUUGAUUUCGGGUGAAACAUAAUUUUUGCACAUAAUGUAAAUUCGUGUUGUUCAUAACGGAGUUGUUUCUGAUUUAUAUUCUCAAAACAAUGAGUGGAACUAGUAGCUCCAGGGACGACCACACUUUUUUAAGAAAAUCGACACUUUGGAAAGAUAAACAUGAAUUGAGUAAUCUAAGGGUACAGGUGAAAAGGGGUAAUGUAAAUGCAACAGGUCCUCAGCUUCCUUUGGAACGAAGUAUAGACGAUCCAGCCAAAAUUUGUGCUUAUGUUCAUUAUCGAAAAGAUGCAAACAAAAUUCCGAAACUUCCCAUUUUUGGGCCGGGCAUUAAGGUUAACCAAAAAUUUGAGGAAAACCGCCAAGUUUUCACUCGAUCAGACGUUGCUAGGCAAUCGCGUAGUCGUAGUCGUUCGAGAUCUGCGAGCCCCAAAUUCAAACGCAAUAAAAGUCGUAAAGCAAAAAGCAGAAGCGGUAGUAGAUCCAGAACGAAACAAAGAAUUAGUAAGAGCAGAAGUAGAAGUCUGAGUCACGAAAGUUACUGCCCUCUGAGUCACGAAAGUGACUGCCCUAUGUACGAAUCUCUCAGUAAAGAGGGUCCGUCGAGAGAGUAUAGCAAAUAUAGAAAGUCCAAGUCUCCUACUCCUCUGAGGCCGGGAGAAUAUCGUCCCGGGCAUCCAGAUUUAGCUAAACGUUAUAAUAAAAAAAGGUCGCCCUCUCCCAGUCACAAGGACUACGAAAGGAACAGAUAUCAAAAGAGUGUUUCCCCAAGCAGGCCCGGACCGUCCUCUAGAAGAUCUCAUUCGCCGGGAUCCUCAAAUAGAUAUUCCUCUCCUCGUAGAUCCGGUGGUACUUUAAAAAAUUCAAAAAGGAGCCCCAGUCCCAGAAGACGGAGCCGUUCGCCAGUAAAAUAUAACAAACGGGAGAGAUCCAGAUCCAGGUCUUCCAGAUACCGAAGCAGGUCGCAUUCAAGAUACAACAAAAAGAGAAGUAGAUCUCCAUACCGAAAUAGAGAUAGGAAGUACUAUAAUCGUAGUAGGAGCCCGAGACGAAAAAGUCGGUCUCCGGGCCUCAGGGACCAUGGAGUCGCUGAAUAUGGCUACUAUGACGGUGAAUAUUGGAUGCCCGGUCCAGUUAGACCUGGAUUUCCCGUACCGGCUUUUUAUCAUCCGGGGUUUUAUCCAAGAGGGGUCAUUCCGGGUCCCAUGCUGAUGCCUAGGGUUCCGAUUAGACCUCCGUUCGCCCCGUACCCGCAUCAACGAUAUCAAAUGCCCGUUUACAACAGGACGAGGGGUAACAGGCCUAUGACAUCGACGGCUACUAUCACCAGUGAUAGUAAGCAGCCGACAUCUGAAGUUUCUAGUGAAACUGUUAUUCAGGAGAUCACUGAAAAUCCCGCAAGGAGUCCAGACAGUGCUCAAACGAUUAAAGUUCCGGACAGCAACUCGAAAGAAGAGAACGUAAAAUAAGAACUUUACCAGUUGUACUAAAUAUUCAAAAAUAAAAAAAAUAAGUAGUUUCUGGUGUUAAGUGU